GCGACUCGACGUCGCCUGCCACUCUUUCAGCCACCAAUGCGCCAGGUCGCGGUGUUGACCGCGCUCCUUUGCGCCAUAUGGACCGCGCCCGUUUUCGGCGAUGACAGUAACGACGGCAAAGUGACCAUCUGGGCGACUCCCCACGAGCAAUAUUCCUCCUCCGUCGGCGUCCUCGGCUGCAAGAUCGACACGAACCGCGUCGCCUACUGGCCCGCCGCCAUCGACUGCUCCAACAUCUGCGUUGAGCUCUCCCACGCCGGCCGCUCCGUCAAGCUCCUCCGCAUCGACCAGUCCGAGGGCGCCUACGAUGUCAGCUACGAUGCCUGGAACUACCUCUAUACCGGGGAAUCCGCCCGCGACAGUCCAGCCAUGGGAGGCCAGGUCGAGAUGCAGUACCGAAUCCUCAGCGCGUCGGCCUGCGCCGACCUACUCGAUGACGGCGCGUUACCCCUCAGCGCGCCCAACAGCAUGAACUUUCUCGCCAGCUGUCUGGACCGGCCCGACAGCUGGGUGUCCGAGAACUACGUCCUGUACAACGUGCUGGACAGCAUCUGCUCGCUCGGUCGCGUGGAGGAGUGCACCAUCGACUGGCCCGCUGCCAACCAGCCCGAUUGUCCGAACAUGCUUGGCGAACCUGUCGUUCUGACGUCGGCCCCGGUGCACAACAUCCAGUACGGGACGGGCGAGUUGGUCCUUGCCUCCUCGGGAGAAAUAGUGGAAGAUUCAGGCGCCGGGAACCGAGGCGGUGGCGCCAUCUUUCUGGAGUCCCAUGCGAGGCUUGCUAGCCCGAUGGGAUUGUUGUUAUCUUUCUCCUUGAUAUUUCUCAUAUACCCCUUGAUUCUGUUCUAGUGGAUAUUCAAUCGUGCGACAGAUGAAGACAGCACAGUAUCUCUGCCUAGUUAUCAUCGCAGCCGGUAUUUGAAAGUGUAUAUUCGCCGUGUUGUCCAGAGUGUGGGGAGAGCGUAACAGAGAAGGUGUCUAGACGUCAACUUCCAGUCGAGACGCUGACACCGGUUUUCAGUGAUAUAAGAAUGUCCCAUGCGACGAGCCUACUCGGUUGGUCUCGGCGAGGUUUGUAUGAUGAGAAGUACAGUUGUAUGUCGCGGGGGAGAAAGGCAAGGUUUCGGGUCAUCCCGAGACCGUCGACAUGCGGCGUGUGGGGAUCCCGCCCAGAUGACGACAGACAGUGGACUACAAGAUGCUAAAGAUAAGACAGACUAGGUACUGUAAAUGUUCUCUUAUCAACAUACGGUGCACCUCACGUGAUUUUUCC